UGCUAAUAUCAUUUUUAAAUGCUUUCUGAGCUUUUUUAGAUUAAAAAAUAUUAUUUUGAUUGAAGAGAAGCAAAACAAUUCCCUGUGACAAAGAGAUGGAUAACUGGAAGAUCCAGCUUGUUGUUGUGACUUUUUGUGCUUUAGUGCAAACUUAUCAGGCGCUGUCUUCUACUGUGGAAGAGGAAAGAGGGUUACCAAAAGACUGGCAGGAUGAGUCUCUGGAGGCAGGUCUGACCCAGCCGAUGAUCAGUCUGAUGAAAAGAUCAAAAGCCCUUCGCUUCUAUGGACUCAUGGGGAAACGCUCAGGUACAAAGAAGCCUUUUCAAGUAAACAGACGAAAUAAAGGAGAGACGUUUGUGGGCCUGAUGGGAAGAAGCAUUUCGAGUGGCGAAUCUUUAGCCAGAAUAAUUCCACCUGUAACAACCACUGCGAUCGAUGUUUCGGAGGAACCACACAAGCAAGCAAAUUAA